AUGUUUUUCCCAUCCUCGCUCUCACUCGAGUACUUGGCCUCCGAAAUUGAAAAUGAAGAUGCAUCUCCAUAUGAAGCGAAAUUUUCGGAGAUCACGGCAGCAAAUGAGUUGAUCGGAACUCAAUUGAUAGGAAACCAAUCUUGUAUUGGCCAGGGAGUGUCGAUGGGGCUGGUUAAACCGCUUAUCUGGCCGAUACAAAGGAUGGUUGUUGGGACUGUGGUGGGAGGACAAUACUUAGAUUUGGGUAUACCAUCUGGCGAUAUCCAUAUCCAUGAUACAUCGGACGAGCAGGCGUGUUCUGCAACUCCGGAUCUCAGAGCGGCUAUCAGUUCUGUAAUCUUAGGCGAGUCUAUAGUAUCUGCAAGCAAACCCCUUUUAUUACUAUUACCAGUCUUCAAAUUGAAUCUAGCAAUCGAGACACCAGCUCCUUGGGGCCAAGACCAUUUCGGCUACCGUCUGUCUCAAAGUCUUUUUGCUAACGGUUUGCUGAUCAAAAAUGGGUUCGCUCCUAAUCUAAUAUUCGAAAGCUAUCCGAAAAUCAACGCAGUGAGAUUAAAAGAUCCAGACUGA